GUUACUGUUAGAGCUUUUGAUGCAUUAAGGAAUCCGGAACGAUGUAUUUYCUUUAUAGUUUUCUUAUUCUUUAUUUCGUACAAGGGGCUUGUUCUCAGCUAAGAUGGGUAGAACUGAAGCCGAAUUCGCUGGCCCCAAGUGCUCGGAGUGAUUCUUCUAUAGGCUUCGAUGCAAUCUCUAACAGAGUAGUAAUCUUCGGAGGGAGGGGKGGAUCGACUCUCGGAGAUACUUGGCUGUUCCAUUUAUCGUCCAAGAACUGGUCUAAGGUUAACGAGACGGUCCUGAGUGAUGGAAAGUCGAUCCCUGAGCCAAGAUUCAGUAUGGUUUUUGGCGCUAAAGGUAACUCCUUCUACAUUACUACAGGUGAAUCUAGUGGUGGAGGAAAGAACGUUUUCUACGAUGAUGUCUUAAAAUUCGAUAUGAAUUCUCAAACAUGGCAAAAGAUAGAACCCAAGAGUAGCUUGAAACCUGAAAAAAGAUACGGUAGCGGUGGAGGGAUCCAUCCCUCGGGUGACGGGCUGUACGUUACUCAUGGUUUUGCAUCGAUUCGCUACUCCAAUACACUCAGAUUUGACUUGAAGAGCGAGAAAUGGGAAACGAAAUUUGAAGGAACGAACAGCUACAAUCCCAGCUAUCCACAUGCAAGAUGCUUGCACUCUUCUGCUAUGACAGGACCAGACGAGUUUGUCAUGUUUGGCGGCUGUUUAGGUGGGGGUGGUACCGGGGGCCCUUGUCCAUCUGAAGACGGCUGRAAAUACGAUGCUGUCAAAAAUACCUGGACGAUGUUGAGUCARUGCGCGACUCCCAGGAUGUACUCGGCUAUGGCAAUGCUACCAUCACGUGACCCCAGUAUCAGGAGAGCAGUGCUUUAUGGAGGGAGAGAGAAGACAGGAUCUAUACUCUAUACCACUGAAGCUCCGUCGAACGAGAUCCUCAUCUUCGAUCCGGAUACCAACACCUGGUCGAGGAAGAAAAUAGAGCCCGCUGCCAGUCAAGAGAUUUGGUCACGUGAUGACCACUACCCCCAAUGGUAUUAUAAUGUUUGGUGGCAAAGAUGUCAAAGGUAAAAACUUGAACGAUUURUGGCUACUGCAAGGCAACGUGACGGACGCCGAUCAGACUUCAUCUCUUGGUGAAUGUGACUCGUUCAGCUUCAWUCUUAUCAUGUUGCACGGUAUCUUUAUGUUUAUUGGCUGGGGCGUGCUUCUGCAGCUUGGCGCCUUCCUGGCUCGAUACUAUACUUCAAGUUUGCGCAUUCAAUCAUUGGCUUGGUUGUGAUGAUUGUUGGUUUACUCCAGCCACUAAAUGCCUUAUUCCGUCCCCAUAAAUUCAACGAUGGCUCUAGAACCAUUAAGCGUAUCAUCUGGGAAUGGUACCACAAGCUGGCUGGCCGAGCAGCCCUGAUACUAGCCCUCAUUAAUAUUUCUCUUGGUGUGUUCUUGGCCGUGAUGCCAACAGUAGCCUGGGAACUAUGGUUUGGUUAUCUUGGUCUCGUUUGCUUGACGUACAUCGUGAUGGAGGUGAAACUUAGAAUGAAUAAGCGCAAGACUGGAUCGUCGGAUAUUGCAAUGGAGAAUAAAUAAACCAAGGUCUUAAAAUUCAAGGAGUAUACAAGGACCCAAAAAUGAAUUUUCAAGGUGUAUGUUCAGCGAACUAUGCCAAGGUUUUACACGGUGGUUGCACAUGGCCGACUUCCAUAUUUUCCGAUCUUUCUGACUAGAUCUCUUUCAGAACCAUGCCCUCUAAAUUAAGCUGCAUUCCUAGGUGCUGCAAGGGGUCUACAGAGAUUUUACACCAUCACGUGAUGGCAGCCAUCUUAGAUGGCAGGAACAAUACAAUCGUUUUACAUGAGAAAGAUUUCAAUUCCCAGAGCAAAGGGAUUCUAUUGUUCUGCCAUCUAACCACAGGCAACCCAAGGUGUAUCAUAGGCGUGAGGAUGUGACGGUGCAAAACCUCUAUUAUAUAAGGGAUUGAAUAUUUCAAUUAAAUUCCCUCCUUCCAAAUAGGGAGUAAGUCAGUAGUCGUGCCCAAAUAUUUUUUUGGACUGAAGUUGGGUUCGAGCUCACUACGCAACAAUAUAUUCUAAGAUUCUGGUUCAACUUGUCAGUUUUACUAUAGUGUUUCAACUGAUAAGAAUCAGAAUCAUAAAAUGUUAUAAGCAAUGAUCAGAGUAUACACGUAUUUCAAAAAACGUUGACGGUUCGAAAUCUGAAAUCAUGCGUGAUCUGAGACUAAAUGGAAAAUUUUUGUGCUUUUAUGGUUUUUUGGCUAAAAUUCGAAAAGUCACGUCUAACUCAAAGGUCAUGCUUCAUAUUCAAAUUUGUCUAGGAAAUCGCACGAUCUCGAGUACAAUUCGGAAU